AUGUCUGGGAUCACUGGGAAUCUGGAUUGCGAGGAGUGUGUACCUUCGGCACAUGUGGCCAACAACACGGAGUUACAUCCGCACUUCACUGUGGAUGAGGACGACGAACUUCUAAGAUACAUCUGGAGGGAGUACUUACACCCCAAGCAGUAUGAAUGGGUUCUCAUCGUGGCUUACAUUAUUGUGUUCUUCGUCUCACUCAUUGGAAACUCGCUGGUUUGUUUUGCAGUUUGGAAAAACCGCCACAUGCGCACUGUGACCAACUACUUCAUAGUGAAUCUCUCCUUCGCUGAUGUCCUGGUCACCAUCAUCUGCCUGCCUGCGAGUCUCGUGGUAGACAUCACAGAGACGUGGUUCUUUGGAAAGACUCUUUGCAAAAUUGUGCCUUAUUUGCAGACCAUCUCUGUUUCUGUAUCAGUCCUAACACUGAGCUGCAUCGCCCAGGACCGUUGGUAUGCUAUCUGCCACCCGCUGAUGUUUAAGAGCACAGCCAAGAGGGCCCGCAAGAGUAUUGUUGUCAUCUGGGUUGUGUCGUGCAUCAUCAUGAUCCCUCAGGCCAUUGUGAUGGAGUGCAGCAGCCUGCUGCCUGAGCUCACAAACAAGACCAGCCUGUUCACAGUGUGCGAUGAACACUGGGGAGCUGAGAUUUACCCAAAGGUUUACCACACUUGUUUCUUCAUCGUCACAUACUUUGCACCAUUAUGUCUCAUGGUCCUGGCGUAUAUCCAGAUAUGUCACAAGCUGUGGUGUCAACAGAUUCCUGGAAACACAUCAGUGUUGCAGAGGAAGUGGAGGUCCAUGCAGUGCUCAGCUCCAGCUGCGGGGUCAGGAGAGCCCAUGAGGGUGAGGACCAGUACGGUGUGUGCUGAGAUCAAACAGAUGCGAGCCAGGCGCAAGACAGCUCGCAUGCUGAUGGUGGUCCUCUUUGUUUUCGCCCUGUGUUACCUGCCGAUCAGCGUGCUCAAUGUCAUGAAAAGAGUCUUUGGGACGUUCAAGAAGACAAAUGACAGAGAGACAGUGUAUGCAUGGUUCACAUUCUCACAUUGGCUCAUAUAUGCCAACAGUGCAGCAAAUCCCAUCAUCUACAAUUUCCUCAGCGGGAAGUUUCGUGGGGAGUUCAAAGCAGCCUUCUCUUGCCAUUGUUGUGGCCAAGGGGAGAAUCGAACACAAAGAACGAGGCCCAGAGCGAGCACAGACAGCCGAAAGUCCCUGUCAACUCAAGUCAACAACAUGGACAAUGUGUCGCGCAUAUCAGAUCAGAUAGUGUAAUCUUAAAAUCCAAGUGGGGAGUUCUUUGACACACUUAUCAUCAAGUUUGACAUUGAAGUGUUCAUACCUCUGUUCCAGACGCUGGAACGGAGAAGAAGGUCUCGAAGUUAUUGUUUUAUGAUUGGUUUUAUGAGGACACGAGACACAAGAGAGCUGACCACUGAAGACCUUCUGACCUCGUUUAAUAAUCACGGACAUAGACGGACACAGCAAUCACCUGUAAUUCACAGAAACUGUAUAUUUAUUAUCAAAGGACAUCAUUUGAAUGUUGAGUAUUUAAUAACCUGUACUGUCUGUUUUAUAUCAUACAUGGAUUAUUAUACUGUAAGUGUAAUAUUUUGAUUAUUUAUUUAUUUAUUUACGACAGAAGAGCAGUCUUCAGAUUUGUAGUUUGUCUCCCUCUUUAUCAGAUGUCCAUCCUGAGUCAGUCAGUCUUCAGUGCCGUUGCCCUUGAAUGUAUAACUCUGUGCAUACACUGUCUGCAAAUGUCCCAGUUCAAACAUCACAAGUUUCCAUCACACCUCAAAAUAUUCAACAUGAUACCUGCACGUACUGUAUGUGUCCUGGUGGACUUCAUUAUAUCUUUCUUCACUCUACA